GUCAAAUAUAUUAUUGAAUACAAUUCGAAACUAUAACGAACGAAUUUAAGUCAAACAUUUUGAAAUCUGAAUGAAUGUUGUUGUUUUUUAGGGGUUCGUAUUGUGUUGGUAAUGCGGCGCGCGUAACUGUUGUCAUCAAAUUUGAAAGGCUGAUGUGGUAUUUUGUUUACAUCAAUCAAUCAAUGAUAAGUGCCUAAACCUAUAACGGACAACAAAUGCCAUUUGUUGCAGAACUAGCACAGAUAUUCAUUCUUUAUACGUUCUUGUUAAAAUGUCCCAGUUACCAGAAUGGUUGUGGCCAGUAGAAGAUGAGGAGGCUGUUCAGGAAGCUGAGCGACUCAUAGAAGAAACACACAAUACAUUGCGGAAAAUGGAAGCAGACAUGCAGGUUCAAAGAACUUUAAGUCUACAUUUAUCAUCAAAAACAGAUAAGCUGAAGUCCUCAAUGAACGAAAGAAUACAUACUCUAGAAAACGAACUAAAGAGUUUAUCGUAUUCAAAAGAUUCUACCUCUACUUAUGACAAACAACCAAAACAAAACAAAGUGAUGCCGAUGAAACAAAUUCAAAUUGAAGGUGGUUGUCCAAAUGAACAGAAAGUCAUGAUUCGCAACACAUUAUCAGAGACCAAUGCUGAUCCAGGUUUAUCAGGUUCACAACAGCCUCAUCAGUCAAACAGAAAACCCAAGUGCAAUUCAAAUUCUGCAGAGAGAGUUGUGAUAUCUGCGAGGGAAAAAGUGCAGGAUGCACUGGCUAUGGCACGCCAUGUUUCAGCCUCUCUGGAUCAACAUGUAUCAACUACAUUUCAUCAAAAUAAGCCUUUGUCUGUCUCUCAAGUGACUAAUGUUGGUAUCUUUGAGGUGAAAAGCCAAGCAGAUGAAAAUAAAACACAAAAUCGAAAACCAAGGCUGCAACAAGCACUUCUUCCCUCAGUGUCCAUUAAACGUGGUUUGGAGAAGCAAUCUAUCCUCUCAAUCCAAGUGCCACCUGGAGAAAAAACAGUGACACCAAAUGUCUCGGUGUUCAGCAUAAAACAUGAUAAAGUGACCAUCCCUGAAGAUCAACCUAGCCAGCAGAAAACUUGCAAAGAAAUUGAAAACACUUCUAAUCAAGACAAGGAAAACAUAAAAUGUGCAACUGAUGAUUUGAAUUUAAAAACCACACUUGCUCAACUUUCAAAACAGUUGAUGGAGGUGGAAGAAUUGCGUGAGAUUAACCAGACACAAGUUAAUCAUGUUUUGCGAUAUCUCCUCUCUCGCGUGUGCUCUGACUCUCAAGCACAAGGAAGAACCAAGAUCACUCCUGAAGAACCGAGUAAGAUUGAGACUAAAGAAAUUCCUGUAUCACCAAUUUCUUCAUCUGCCUCCGAAAGUAGCAAAUGUCCUAUAGCUUAUGAUAGUUUGUCUCGAUUCUUAGAGACUUACAAAAAUGCAGCGGAGCAUAACAUGCUAGUGCAAAAACGUGCAACUGAGCGUAGACGAAAAGAACUGUCAAAGCAGAAAAAGGAAAUCCAACAAUCCCGUAAUGCGAAUGAAAAUCAUCUGUUAAUUGGUCCAUUAAGACAAGCAGUCGAGUUGCAACUGGGUGAUACACAUAAAUCUGUACCAGAGUACCACAGUGCAACAAGUGGUUCUUAUCAAAGUGAUGGUCAUGAGGAAUACAAAAGCUCUGCUAAAAACAGUAGUGAAGAUAUUUCUAUAAACAAAGGCACACCAACUUUUCCUUUCAAGAUACGAAGCUGCAAGUCCAGCUCCAGUUUAGAUUCCCCUCAAGAAAAAAGUGGGAAAAACAGCAGUCAAGAUACAUCUUUGCCUAUAACUAAAGUGCCUUCAGGAGGAAUAAGUCAUGAUGAAUACGAGGAUGAUUGGGAAGAAGAGGAAGAUCACAAUGGACUGCAGAAUUCAGACCUCGAAUUAAAUAUGGACAAAACUCCAUUGAAAAACAGUGAACAAUUACAACCUGUAUCUGAUUCAGAUUUAAUUAAGCCUCCUCAACCAGGACUAAAGUCCCUUGAAAUGGAAACUUUGUCCUUAAAUUUGAAUUUGCUCACUCCUUUAAUAGCAGAUAAUGAAAAGUCACAAUCAGUUGAUGAAAGUCCUGUAAGGCAUGAAGAAGCUGACACUGUUGAUAACAAUAAGCUCUCUUACUUAUCUCAAGAUAAAAAUUCUGUUGUUAGGGAAGAACUGAAAGAGUUACAGAUAAACACAACAGGUAGUGACCUGGAUAAGUCUCACCUUGGAGUACCUGUGCACUCUUCUCAUCUUGUACAUGAAAUAAGGGAUUCUGAUAAAGGAAAGGCUACAAACAUAUCGUUAAUGAAAGAAACUGAGGCCAAACAACCCCAUGAUGAAAGCAAGACUAAGCCUCCUCAUGGAAUGCGGAAAAGAAGCCAAGCUAGACUUCUAAGCUCAUGCAGUAGCAGUUCAGAUGCUGAAAUAAAUUAUGAACCUAGGCGUCCACCACGCAGUUUUAAAAGAUGGGAUUUGAAUUUAAGGGAGGAUCUUCAGCUACAAAGUGCUAUUCUACUUAACUGGCAACUCGAAAAUCGAUGGAAAACCAAGAAUUGUGACAGUGAUACCAAAGAUCACCCCACCUUAGUAUCCCACAAAGAUCAAGUCAUUACAGAUGUUGAGAAAAGAUGGCAGAAAACACUAGCUGAACUCGAUGUAAGAGUGAAAACUAUUGAGGAAAAUGAAAGAAUCAAUCGUAUUGCUAGUGAAAUAAAAAAUCAAGUGAGAGAAGAACAAAGUAAGAUUGUCACUCAAACUAAAGUGUCGGAGGACACAGGAACAAGGGAUAAAAUUGCUUCAAGUGCAGCCAAAGUUGUCAUGAUGGAUCAAACUGUACAAACAAGUCCCAUAAAACCUGUUAUGUCUCAAGACAAGGUAUUGCCAAGAAAGCACAAUCAGUUUACUUUACCUAAUCACAGUCUUCCACUUGUGCUCCAAGACUUCAAGACUUUGAGCACCUUAAAAAGACAUUUACCAUCUUCGUAUGACAAUGAUCUAACUUCAGAAUUGCUGGCUUAUGGGCGCAUGGGAAUUCUACCAACUGGACAGUUGGAGACAAAUAUUCGCAAGUCUCCCACUUCCUCUUCAACCUCAUCUCAUUUACUUCAAAGCACCAUUGCGGUAUCAUUCUCUGACGGAGAAUUGCGGAGCAGUGCUAGCGAGAGCUGCAGCUGCAGUGAAGGAGAGUUCUGUGUCUGUGGAGGGAGGAAACGUUGUUCUGAAAGAGCUCCCCCUGAUGGAUCUCAGACUUUUAGUGAUGGAGAAAAUUUUCUGAGGGAUGUAAGUCAAGGGGAAAUUCUACCAAGCAAAGUGAAUAAAAUUAUAGAUGUAUUGAAAGACACAAGUUUUGGAGAAAUUACUAGUCAUGCAACAGGAGAUUUCCCCUCUGAAGGAUUAGAUUUAGUUGAAAGUGAAGAUACUGAAGAACUAGAUUGGGAUUUGAGAUGAUAUUUUCAGGAUAGAAAAUAUUAGUAUGAGGGUGAAACAAACUUGUCAAGUUACAUUUGGAAAAAAUUACUCAUUUUAGCAAGGAGCAGUCAUCUUGAUGUAAUUCAUUCAUUAUUUGUCAUAAACAAAAUAGACAAAUUUUAACAUUUAUUUUUAAUAAUGAGAUUAACCUAUUGUGUCCCAACAUAUGAUCCAGUCAUAUAUAAAUAGUUUUAAAAAAGUGUUCUAUUCAAGGAUGACAUUUCUGUUACCAGCAGAAAGUUGAAAUACAUGUCAUACUGUAAAGUUGAGAGAGAUGAGGGCUGUUUUUUUUUUCUUCUAAA